AUGGGGAGCCGGGGGCCGCGGCGGGGCGCGCGGGAGGCCGAGCCACACCCACCAGGGCAAGGGCCCGGCGGCUCGGCCCAGGGCGCGUUACCUCGUCCCGGGGAGCGCAAAGGGCGGGCGGCGGCGGGAGCCAGGAGGCGCCGGGCGGAGGAGGCGGGCGGCGAGGCAGCGAGGCGAAGAUCGGGCGGGCGGAGGCUGGUGGCGAGGGAGAGAACGGACUGCAGCACGAUCUGUCGAGGAAAAAUCUUGCGGCUGGCGCGUCCCCGCCUUUUAAGCGUGGCCCGCGCCACCCCCCCCCCACCCCCGGCCGGGGCGGGUCUUGGGGAACCGCGGGCGCCCACUGGCCGCCGCGCGCCGCCCCCGGCCCCCCCCCUCGCCGGCGGCGCCUCUCACUGCCUCUCUCCUUCCCUAGCUGCAGCUAACUCGGGUCGGGAAAAUGCGACAGCGACUGCCCACUCGAGGUCGUCAUGGCGACAGCCAGUGAACGUGUUCCUCUCCUCGGGCAGGCCCCCGAGUGUAGAGGAGCUGCUUCGCGAGGCGCAGCUCAAUCUCCAGAGCCUGUUGCAAGAAGAAUAUGAGGAACAGUACUCGGAGGCCAGACUUCUGGGGCAGACCUUCCGCUCUGCUGAUGAGGCCCCUGAGCCCACUCCCAGCCCAAGGCCCCAGUCUGCCAGGCGUCUGGAGUUUGUACUGAUGCCCACAAAAUGGCAGCUGAGCGAGGAUGAGACUACCAUGCAGGGUGUGAGGGCCCCUGAGGCCUCCCUGAGCCUGCCUACCACAGCCGACAAGCAAGCUGCCUGGAAUAGUCCCUUCCCUCUGCCUGUCCUAGAGGAGAAGCGAUGGCUUCAGCCUUGUCCCACGCACUCUGACAUCGUGCCCAUCAAUGUCUCCGGGCAGCAGUUUGAUAAACAUGCAAGUUUGCGACACUCGUUGUUUAACACAGAGACAGCCGUGAACCCCAAGUCCACCCUGAGGCGGAGGCGGACCAUUAUUGGAUUCUCUAACUAUUCCCAGCGAGACCAAGGUCACAGCAACAGCCCCACAGGCAGUGUGGCCUGCUCUACCACCUCAGACAUCAAGCCCAGCCAUUCAGUUCCGGGAGGUGUUCACGGAAGAGUUGCCAUCAGUCAGGAAGCUCAGUUACCAAAUCUCACCUCGCCAGUAUUGAGAAAUCCUUCUAGUGAUCCGGAAGAACCUCUCCAGGCACGUGGUGGCACAAAAGUCCCUGGCAUGGAGAGCAUGGGGAUGGUGUACAGCGUCCCCAGUUCUUGCAACGGACCAACAGAAUCAACGUUCUCCCCUUCCUGGAAGGGAGAUGCUUUUACCUACGUGACUCCAAGUGCCACUGCUCAGAGCAGUCAAGACAAUGAAAAUGGAAAAAGUCCUUCCUCUGGGAAUUCUUGGAUCUCUCUGCACACAUUGCCACCUCUGGUUCCUAAGGAGGCUGCUACCUUCUUUGUCACUCGUGAUACCCCAGCAGGAUGCAGUGGGUCUGCUGGCUACUCUGAGCAUUCUACUCAACGAAGGCACGUAUCAGAACGACCCUCCAAGAUUGGCCUCCUGACUGGUGAUACCUCAAGGCUGGAGACAGGCCCAGGUGGGGCCAGCAGGUUCCGGGAGCGGUCACUGUCUGUACCCACAGACACAGGCACCACGGAUGUGGACUAUGACGAGGAGCAGAAGGCCAGUGAAGCCUGUGCCCUGCCUUAUGCCAGUACAAGUUCUGAGGGCAGUAACAGUGCCGACAACAUUGCCUCCCUUAGCGCCCAACAGGAGGCCCAGCAAAGAAGGCAGAGGUCCAAGAGCAUCUCACUCAAGAAGGCCAAGAAGAAGCCUUCCCCACCGACUCGCAGUGUCUCGCUGGUCAAAGAUGAACCAGUCCUCUUGCCAGACGGUGGGUCAGCGCUACCCAAGGACCAGAGGCCCAGGAGCCUUUGCCUCUCCUUGGAACACCAAGGACAUCACUCAUCCCACCCAGAUACUCAGGGUCACCCAGCUGUGCCAACCUUCAAAGACCCAGAAGGUACACAAUUCGCCCACCACUGGUAUCUUACUGACUGGAAGUCUGGUGACACCUACCAAUCCUUGUCCAGCUCCAGCACUGCCACUGGCACCACAGUCAUUGAGUGCACCCAAGUUCAGGGCAGCUCAGAGUCUCUCGCCUCCCCUUCCACCUCCAGAGCCACAACGCCUUCCCAGCUUUCCAUUGAGGUGGAGGCCAGGGAGGUAUCCUCCCCAGGAAGGCCCACUGGGCUGAUGUCACCCUCCAGUGGAUACUCCAGCCAGUCAGAGACACCAACACCCACUGUCUCCAUGUCCUUGACCCUGGGCCACUUGCCCCCUCCAAGUGGCAGUGUCCGGGUGCGUCCAGUGGUACCUGAGAGGAAGUCAUCACUACCCCCAACAUCACCAGUGGAGAAAAUGUCCAAGUCACGGCUAUCGUUUGACCUACCGUUGACCUCUUCAACCAACCUGGACCUGUCUGGGAUGAGUAUCUCCAUCCGAAGCAAAACCAAGGUGAGCCGGCAUCACUCGGAUACAAAUUUUGGGGCCAAGCUGGCCCAGAAAACUAGCCCCAACCAGCCAAUCAUGCCCAUGGUUACUCAGUCUGACUUACGUUCUGUUCGCCUGAGGUCAGUCAGCAAGUCUGAACCGGAAGAUGAUAUUGAGAGCCCUGACUAUGCUGAGGAGUCAGGAGCUGAAGUCUUCACCUUGCCAGAGAGAAAGGCAAAACCUCCCAUAGCCGAGAAGCCCCCACUGGCCCGAAGGCCUCCAAGCUUGGUCCACAAGCCACCAUCUGUCCCCGAGGAGUACCCACUAACUUCGCCUACCUUGGCUAUGACCCCCAAGACCUCAAUUCAACAUAUGAGGCCACUCCCUCAAGAUAUAUACACGGUGGUGCGGAAACCAAAGUCCUCCAGCUUCCCUGAGGGCAGAACCCUGGGGGAGUCAACAGCACCCUCAUCUCUUGUUUUCACGCCUUUUUCCAGUUCCUCUGGUGCUUUCUUCUCAGGAACACAGCAACCUCCCCAGGGAAGUACGGAGUAUGAGGGCCCCAAGGGGAGAGCCCUACCUGAAAGAAUUAGCCUCCAGAGCCAAGAAGAAGCUGAGAAAAAGAAAGGCAAGAUUCCACCUCCUGUACCAAAAAAGCCCAGUGUGCUGUACCUGCCUCUCACCUCACCUGCAACUCAAAUGGAGGCCUACACGGCUGAACCAAGGCUGCCUCUCAGCCCCAUCAUCACCCUGGAGGAAGAUGCCAAGUGUCUACCAACUAGCGACCACCUGCCAUUGGCGGGUACAAGGACAACCUCCACGCCACAGGCUCACAGUGAAAGGGAGGCAAGCCCUCUGGGGAGCUCGAUGGAACCAAGAACCGGAGAAAAAAGUGUAAUCAGUGAUAAAACAGCCGAAUGGAUUGCGGAAGAUGAUGAUGAUGUGUUUGUGGCUUCACGAACAACUGAAGAUUUAUUUACUGUGAUCCACAGGUCCAAAAGAAAGCUGCUUGGCUGGAAGGAGCCUGGUGAGGCCUUUGCUGGUGGCAGCAGACCAACCUCCCACUCACCAAUAAGGAACACGGCUGAGUCUCCUAUCAGUGAGUUGGCUGCCUCUGCAGGGUCAAGCGGCAGUGCCAGCCUAGAUGCUGGCAGAAAUGAUGAUUUCAAGGCCUUGCUACAGAAGAAGGGAAGCAAGGCAACUCCAAGGUCCCGCCCCUCAGCAGCAGAACUGCUGAAGACCACUAACCCACUGGCUCGGCGAAUUAUUGCACAAUUUUCAAAAGACUACGAAACCCCUGAUAACCCCAGUACCUAAGCCCUGGGUUCAGCAAGCAAGGUUGAGUUACUAAGUUUGAGUAGAAAAGGGGGAAGAGAAAAAGGGUUUUAAAAAGGAACCAUGGAAAUAACAAGAGAGCCUGCAUUUCUUUUACAUUAACUCACACUCUGGACAACAGGAGAGAGGCCACAUCCAGAACUAAAAUCAUCAGGCACUUUAAUCAUCUUCAGACAUUUUAUGUUCUCAUACUUACAAUCUUGCCAUUACUAACUACCGAUUUUCUCCUUAUUUCCCCCAAGUGGUAUGCACUCAGAAGAAAUUCUCAGAUGCAAGGGCACAUAUGCCAUCUUUUAAAUCAAUGACCAGGCUGCUCCAUCCCUGGCUCCUAUCACUGAGGGGCACAGUGAGAGAGCAGAUUGGGGGCUGCCAAACCCAGGGGACACAGGGUGCCAUUGCUGAUUAUUCACUUUCCCAGCAAGGCCCUGAUGGCCCUGCAUGGAGAAACAGAAGGACCCUGAUGCCUCUUCAGCCACAGUAUAAUUCUCCACCACAAGAGGUUUGCAGGUGUGCACUUGUUUCGGCAUGAGGUUGAUUGGAUGGCUUUUGUUGUGCAAAAUAUGAAUGUGACUCUGUCCUGAACUUCACACCUUUUUCAGUUUGAUUGUCUACACGGAGAUCAGGGUGAUGAGUUUUAGUAAACAUAUAGACCCCCCCUCCCCACCACCCUUUGCUAGAAAAGGUCAGGACUGGGUUGCUUUGGAUGAACCAAGCUUGGCCAACAAACAAGGCAGCCGUUUGUUCGCUCAGAUCUAUCCAAGGUAACUCACACGUGCGCCUUGAGAUCCUUCAAAUGUCUGCCAACAACGGUAGCUAGUGUCUGUGCCCAGCUCAUGCUGCAUUCGAAGAACUCUCGCUUCAUUUGCUUAUAGUAUUCAUUACAGGAAGUCUUUAGCUGAAGGAAUAGCAUCCUCAAAGUCCCAAGGAGGAGAGAAAGUAAGUGUAACUUGCCCACCACCAUUCACUUCAGAUUGUGGUUUGUGGUUGGUUUGGUCUUGUUUAAAGGGAAUCUUCCUCUGUUUCCAAACCGAGAACGUAUAGACUAAAAGGAUAGAUCCAAAAUCUGAAAGGCAGCCUUGCAAGUUGCUAUGGCCCAUAACCCAAAAAAAGGGCUACUUUUUGCCAUUUACUUUCUGCUGUUUGACCAAUUUUCAAUUAACCUUCUGGGGGAGAAUGUAAGGACUGGGGUAAAUGGGAUACUGGAUGCUGACAGAGUCCCAGGACAGUCAUUGUGACCCCUUCUCCCCACCCCCUGCCAAAGCUUAUAGACACUAACUUUCCUUGUCAGUUCAAUUUUCUAAGCAAAGCAAGAGCCGUGAUUCAUUUGAGUUUCAUAUGUCUGGUUUCUGGGAGGUUGGGGGGGAAAAAUAGCACUGAACAAAGAAAACUGGCUGACUAAUAAUGGAGGAUUAAUUGUCCACCAUUCCCAAGAGGGAAAAAGGAAAGUCAAAUGAAAUUGUAGCCUGCUUCACAAAGAGAGUCCCCUGACCUCUUCCUCCUUCACCCCCCACCCAACAGAUUCAUUGGUCAACCUCUUGGAGGAUGUGGAAACUGCUCCCAGAGACAAGCAGAUCUUGAUUUUGGCAGGUCUCAAUAAGAAGCAAGCUCUUUAGCCCAACUGCCCACACAGCGGAAGAGCAGCUGGAAAACCACACUGAGUGCUGAGGGGACUUGGGCCUCUCAAAUAGAACCCCUAGGCCUGGGCCCUUGGUCGGUACAGUUCUGAAUUCUAGACUUCUGAGUACAGGUCAGGCCCAGCGCCUCCCCCUGAUUUAGACAGAAGCCACCUCAAAUAAUAGACAGUUCUUGAAAGCCCAGUUGCUUUUGAAAGUGAACCAACUAUUUAUUUAGUUCAAGGGUCCUGACCAAAUUUCAGAGGUUUUGCCUGAAAUAAAAUAAGAUUCAUUCCUGGCCUUAAUUUAUAUAUGAAUGCCACACACUUGUCUGCCCUGGACUCAGAAUCCCAAAGGAUGGAAACAUUUUCCUCUGUGGGGAAAUGAAGGAGUGUUUGUGCUUUGGCCCAACAAAAGUGAAAGGCUGCCGGGGCCCUCUACUCCAGAACCAUUAUGAGCUCUAAAGCGGAGUAUGAGACUCACACAGUAUAGGACUUGUUACUUCCGCUAACUUUUCUGGAAGCUUCUUGUUUGGUACUUCUAGUGGGUUUUGCCUCUCCCCUCACCUUGCCACCUCUGGUGGUUUUCCAGAAAGAUUCUAAAGCUUAAUAUCCAGACACCUUGACGUCUUUCAAUUACCUUGAGUCUUGCUUUCCCCUGCAAUACUCCGUAUGCCUGGAAUUUUUUAGAAGGUCUUCUACAUCUUCACUAUGGCCCUCCAAUGCCCAGUGGUGUUGCCAUUAGCAUAAGAGGCUUCGGGGCAGAGAUGAUGUGGUCAGAGGUAACACUGAGGACCGGUAAUAUUCAUUUAAUAUUUUGCAACAGGUGGACCUAGUCCCAAACAACCAACCAAAUUGUAGAAUUUCUACCAAUCUCUGAUUAACAUAAUACCAGACAACUCUCCUAGUCCUCACACUCAACAUCUCGCCUCCCCUUGGGUAUCACAGCACCAACUCUGUCUUCCACCCAGGCACAAGCCACAGUGUCUGCUGCCUCGUGCACCUACUCUGCCAAGGCUGGAGAAGAGAGGCUGAAAGCCCCUUCCAGGAGGCCUUUCAGAGAAGUGACUGUUGCCGCUAUUACUAGUGUGAAGAGUGAUUACAAUUUUUGAAGGUGGAAUACAGAAGGGAUACAGGUGAAAUGAAGUUGGCCCCAGGAAGUCAGGUUCCAAUUCAAGUUGUUCCUGUCCCUUUGUUUCCUCUGAUUCUAACCAAUAGCAGCAGGUGGCUCUACUGGACUGACUUCUGCCUAGGCAGGAGUAGAUGCAGUCGUCCCCAGGGGAGGAGGUUAAUCGGUAGCUAAGAGCACUUUGCCCUUGGUGGGUGUUCAUUAUGUAUUUGUGGUUCAAACAUUGAGGGUAGGGAGCAAGUCGUUCUCAGCACAACAGGAAGCUUCGCUGCUGUCUCCUGUCCUUUGCCUGUCUCAGUCUCUCACCUGGGCCUCCCACAUGGCCCCAACUUGCCCCUCAGUCCCUAUUUCUUUGAACUGCAUCCCUAGCCGACAGCUCACCCUUUAAGGACGCAAGACCGCAGGCAGCAAAAUAGCUUGCAUUAGCUUACUGACCACAGAUCGACCAGUUGAUCUGGAAUCAUUACUUUGAAUGUUCAGAGACAGAGGAGAGUCUGCAAGGCUCUCACAACAAGCACGUCACCGGACACCCAUUUUAACUCUCCGACAACGUGGGUCAGAUUGUGAUCCCGCUGGACCCAUCAGUCUGAGCAGAUAUGUCCACGCCACCUGCCCUCUUCCUCAUCAACAAACUACUUAUUAAAAAAACAAGUUCACAGUCAGUGCUCUGUUCCUCCAGAGAACCUUCCAUUAUCAUCAAGUCUGUAACACAAUGUCCAGGCUUCACUUUAAUAUGAUUUGCCAGGGCCAGGACUAGAGUGGGGUGAGUGAGGUGCCUGGGGUGCAAAAUUUAAGGAGGCACCCACUCUCAGGGCCAUGUUAGUGCCUUACCCUCGUCCCGGCCUUGCGAUUUGCACUCUAUAAAGUAAUAUUGGUUUAUCUUCUUUCUAUGGACGUGUAUGGUUCUUCCGAUUUCGGGGGGUAACUCCCCAUCUGUUGCACCAAAUGUUUUAUUGCCAUCUAUUUUUCCAUUGCUCUAAACCUUUGUAUGCCUACACAUCAAAGACUCUUCAAUAUUAUCAGAAAACAUGGCCGAUUUCUAAGUAACCUACUCCAAGUGGCAAGUUAGCACCCAUUUCAAUAGGGAUGCUGACAGGGACAGCCCUUCAGCAAAAUAGUGAAUGAGUUGGAGGUCUGUCAUUGGGAUCCUCCGUCUCCUCUGUCUGCUCCAUUCCCCCCGACCUUGCUUCUUAGCACCAACUCUGAGUGCGUCCUCGUUUGUCCUCCUCCUUGCUAAGGAAAGCAUGCUCUCAGGAAAGGGAUAAAUUCCUUUACUUUGAGAUUAUAAGGCUUAAUAAUACCUCUUUGGAGGGUCACUUGCAUUUUAACAGGGAAAAAGCCUUAAGCCAAAGGAAUGACGUUCUACUUGUAGAAUUUUAGGCAUCAAUCAGUUGCAGACGUGUAUUUUUCACCAUGGAAAGGUCAAAUUCCCUGAUGACUAACUCCCGAAUAUAGAAAAAACCUUAAUCUCCUGGAACUAAGUAAAUUGCUGAUGGUCGAUUAAAUUCUCCUGAUUCUCAGUGCUGUUCAGUAUGGUUACUACCAAGGGACUCUCAGAAAUGGCUACUAAAGCCACUGAGAAGGCCCAGAUAAUUAUUAUACCUUAACAUUUUUACACAAAUGGAAUUAAUACUACUUAUUAUUUGAGUAAAGAACACAAGGAUUUAAAGAGUUUGUGAAAAUGUGUCCUGUCUAUGAAAGGUGAAACUGUCCAAUCAGUGUCAGAUCAAUGUCAGCUGUCUGGUAUCUCUGGUACCAGAUUAUUAAACUUCCUCGAGGCGCAAAUUUACUGCAUGCAGCCUCGGCUGCCCCCCAACGCUUAUCUGUGUUUCGUGCUACUACUUCCCCUUGGUGUGAGAAUGAGACCAGAUCUAUUCCAGAGCACCCAGUCCCUCCAAAGCCUUUGCGUGUAUUUCAGCUGUACUUGACUAAACUAUUUGGGAUUUAAACGGAUGACUAGGAAAGAGGUACAAAAGAGCUACAUUUGUCAAAGGGCAGCAAAAAUGAUGAGGAUUUUAACAAGGAUAUGAAAUAAACAAAUUUUUGAAUACUCUGAAAUAUUUGUAGAGGAAUACAGUAGGAAAUGGUUAUAGGCACACAUUUAAGGCACUUUUAGUAAGUUUAACAAAACAAGAAAUUUGCAUAAGUAAUGGGUUAUGUGAAAUAGGUAUCUACUUUUGCUCAGUAAAGCCCAAAACCUAGGCCAGUGGUUCUCAAAGCGUGGUCCCAGGACCAGCAGCAGCAUCCCUAUAGUGUGUGUAUGUGUGUGUAUGUAUAUGUGUGUGUGUGUGUGUGUGUGUGUUCCAGUGACGUUACUUCUUCAAGCCCCCGAGUCACUGUAGCCACGACUUUCCAAACGAUUCCAGCCUUUCCCAUCUUUUCUACUCUCGUUACAUUAUGUGAUCAGUCUCUGGCCAUGUGAUUUAUAUUGUCAUGUUGCUCGGAUACAUUUUUAUUUGCUGUUAAGAAAUUAUCAGAAUCAAUUACUUGCUCAACCUGCAAAACCUUUGAUUUGACUGAGCCAGCACAUCUGGCCAGUUUUUGGUUUAAAAACAAUUUUGUAAUUCACAAAUAGGAAAGAGGAAAAUGUGUUACAUUCAUUUGGUAUUGCCAACCCUUAAAUGUCUGUCUUUCCUGUGGUGGCUGUUGUCUAGGAGGGCUCUGGCAGAAAUAGAUUUGAUUUUAAGAUUUUGCAUAUUUGUGGAAUUUGAUAUCAACAAAUCUGUAAACAAAAUCUGAACUGGAACAACCAGUUAACUCCUCUCUAAUUCCAAGCUUUAUGAAAAUGUAUUCCUUAUGUGGUGUUGAGCUCUUUUUAAUGUUCAAUUUUAUAAAAUGUUCUGCAUGCAAACGCAGCAUCGUGCUCAUUGUACAAGUCACCUGACACUCAUCUCCUCCUCCAUAUGUGUGAUGGUGAAGAAACAGCAACAUGUAUGUUCUUACCUCUCCUGAAUCAAUUGUAAAUUACAAAUCUUUUCAUUAAUUUUUAAAUGAGAUAUAUUUACUCUGGCUAGUAGUUAAAAUUUUAUUCUUUUUAUUAUAUUUCAUUGCUACUUUUUUCUACUGACUCCAGAGCUUACUUUGGGGACUAUUUCUUAUUUCUAGAUUGCUGUAUUGAUCUUAUUUCUAUAUUUAUCUGUAGUCAUGGAAUGUUAGAGCUGAAAGAGACCAACCUCUCCUUUUACAGAGGAGGAAACUGAGGCCCAGAAAGUCAAAAAACUUACACAAGGGCUUCCCUGGUGGCACAGUGGUUGGGAGUCUGCCUGCCGAUGCAGGGGACGUGGGUUCCAGGAAGAUCCCACAUGCAGCAGAGCGGCUGGGCCCGUGAGCCAUGGCCGCUGAGCCUGCGCGUCCGGAGCCUGUGCUCCGCAGCAGGAGAGGCCACAGCGGUGAGAGGCCCGCGUACCACAAAACAAAAAAACAAAAAAACCCCACAAACUUACACAAGAUCACACAGUGGCAGGGCCCAGCCUCAAUCCCAGUUCUCCUGCCUCUGGGCCCAGUGUUUUUUCAUCCAAAGCACUGCAUUUAUGGAAGAGCCACAGCUGGCUUCUACUUUUAUGACACAUGAAUUUCCCAGGUAUUUCAGCGAGCAAUAUAUGUGCUUUAAGGAAAAUGUUCGAGUUCUUUAGCUGAUGAAUCCAAAGACAAAUCUGACUUUCAGUUUAGAAACUUUCAUUUCCCUCCAAUUUCAAUGUAUGUGCCCUACUCUAUACAGUGGAUGCUUUCCCUAAAAGUUAUUUGAAAAAUGAAUUUUUAUAGAUUAAAUUUCAUUUUUUUAGUAGAGAAGUUUCCUAUGGAAGGGAGUCUUCUGGUGACUUCUUUUGAAAAGUGAAAAAUCCUCUUGUCAAUGUCCCCUAAUGCCUCUACUUUUUUUUUUUCAGUGUGAACUUUUGUAAGUGGCAUUUAUUUAAAGUAGGGCAAACCAAUGUAGGCUUUCCUAGAAUCUACUUUAUCCUCCCCUUCUUAAACUUUACAAGAUAGUUUCAGACUGUUAGGUGUUCGUGAGAUACUUAGUUGUAUUCUAGAAACUUCUUGAUAUUUUAACAAUCCCUGGGCUCAAACUCUAUCUCAAUCUUAUCAAACGAUAACCAAAUUUCCUAAUCAGUACUGAGCUCUGCAUGCAGUUUCAUUUCCAGAACAUUCUUUGCCUAAUGCUCCUUAGUAUGACUCUCUCUUUAGCUAUUCUCAGGCUUCCUUCCAUAGCUCCUGUGUACCUCAUUAGUCUGGUUUAGUAGAGUUGCAGGCAGUGCUCGUCAGAUGGAGUGGUAUUUCCAAUUAUCCCAUUGUUCCAGUCCUUCUCCUGGACCUCCCCUGGUUUCCCUUUACAGGAACGCUCAGAGAUUGGUGGGAUUUUCCUCAUCAUCUAGACCAAGGUUUGACAAAGGUUUUCUAUAAAGGACCAGAAAGUAACUCUUUUAGGCUUUGUGGGCCACAGAUGGUCUCUGUAGCAUGGUCUUCUUCUUUGUUACUGUUUGCUUGCUUGCUUGACAACACUUCAAAAAUGUAAAUACUAUUCUUAGCUCUUGGGCCAUACGAAGCUGCAGAUUGGAUUUUGCCUGCUUGUCAUAGUUUGCUGACCCCUGGGACGGGCAUUUCUGUGAGCCACAUGAUGACUGAGUUGUGUGCUGGGUGAUGUGGCUCACUGCCCUCCCAUCUCCCGAGCUAUCAGGCCGGCCUGUGCAGAGGGGAGUGGAAAGGGGCUGCAUUUGCCAACUAGUACUCUCCGAUAGAUGGACUCUCUCAUCUGUCUCUGUCUCUGUGUCUCACUCUCUAACUACCUCGGUGUAGAAACCCUCAUUCUUUUCUUUAGAUCUCCUGUACUGGUUAUCCAAUGUGCCUCGGCUUCCUCGAGUGUGGGGUGAGCUGGCAGGAAAGAAUGGAUAUCUGAGGUUUCUUAUUUCGUUUGUCCCAAACUGUGGUCGGGGACCCCUGCCCUGGAUCAUCUGUCCCACUCUGCCCUAUACUGCCAUCAUGUGUUCAGGGCCAUCUCUGGAAAGUCUGGUAGCCCAGGCCAUGAAAUUCCAGUUCAGUCUAUUGUUUCCUAGGGGAAUCACUAGCUCUCUUGGUUACAAUGGCUGGUUUUAAAACCCAAAAUGUCCAUGUGUCCAUUUUAAUGUGAUUCGGACCUGUUCUAGACUCAGCCCCAGCAAUGAAAUCAAUGAGGUAUGGAAGGUGUUUUGUGCCCACAGUUUUUCCCCACCUUAACCCUCUGCCUCCUAGACCCCCAGCCUUGGGGAUCAGCUCCUUGGGAUGCCCCAUGCAGCACCACAGCCAGCGGUCAUUCAGCACACCACCACCUCCUGUUCUCUGAACCCCUAAGAGGGUUCCUUAAAGCUUCUUCACAUCUCUCUCAUCUCACUCCCAUCUCUACCUUUCAUGCUACUUGGGGGUGUAAAGCUCAGUUUCACAUUUUCACAUUUGCUCGUAUAAAUAUUGGGGGAUACGGCUGAAUGACAAGGUGUGUGCCUGUGUGUGUAUGUGUGGUUUCUCCACCUGGACUAGGAAGGUCCCAUUUACUCGUGUAUCUCACACACACACACACACACACACACACACACCAUCCAGUUCUGUCAUCAAUUCUCUGGUCCAGUUCCAGGUCUGAUGGGGCUGGUCAAGGAGGAGGGAUGGUGGGGCUCCUGAGGCAUUUCCCUUUUCUUGUCUCUUGAAACCUUCUUUCCACUGGCUUGUGCUGGCUUCUCCCUGGAAGCCAUUGGAAGAAACUCCUCUGGGGCAAUUCUGGACAGGCCAACAUACAAAGAGCUAGGACUUUAAUUCCAUAUGAACUCUGUCACUUAAGACAUACCUCUCAGGCUGCAGGAUUUUUUAAAAUCUAAGAACAUUGUUUCUUGGGACCUUUAGUUUGCUUUCUGUCAUUUGAGCCCAGGGAUUUACCCACUUACUGAAAUCUAGAUUUUAAAAACUCAAGACACGAGUAACUUUAGGAUUUCCUUAUUUGAAAGCAUCCAUGAAACAGUUUCUUUCUGCCUUUUGUUUAGGAUUUCCAGCCUUAAGAAGGAAACCAGGCUUGCACCUUGGACUCUAAAACAGCAAAAGUACCACACUUGCCAAAAGCAAAAUGAGGAAGGAGGAUUGGCUAGGCCUACUCUGCAUAGUCAGGAGAAGGACUUGUUAUGUUAGCGCUCACCAUUCAAUGCUUACUGAAUGCCAACGGUGCACUCAAGAAAAAUAAGGGAGACAGGAAUUUGCAGACCGAGAUCCUAAACUGGAAGGCAGAGAUAAGGCAAUUCCCUCAAGUGAUGAGAAUGUGUCCCUGGAUAAAAAUAUCAAGAAGCAGCAAGAGAGAUUGUCAUCCCGGUCUUUUUAGAAUUCCAACACAAAAUGGAAGGGAGCCCUCUGUGGGGUGAUAUUACAAAGGGUUUUUCUUGUCUUUCUUUCUUUUUCUUUUUUUUCUUUAAAAGAAAAAGCAUUCCUUACUGGCUUGCUACCAGCAAUUGAACUGUAUUCUUUAUAUAGCUAGAGCUGUUUGUGUCUUCUUAAAAUAAACUUUUUCUGUUAAAAUCA